AUGGGCAGACACUCGACUUCUUCUUCCAGCAAGACCUUCAGCUCCUCUCAAGGCAAGCACAGCAAUGCUGGAGGAUCUGGCUCAAAGACCAAAACCGUCUGGUAUUGUAGCUACUGUCGCUUUGGGCCCCUUAACAUUCAAAUCGAUGAAUAUUGCCCCGACUGCCAACAUAAACGGUGCUCAUCUUGCACGGUCACUACCAUCGAAUAUAACCCCGGCAGAUGA